AUGACCACAGCUAUAGAUAAACCGCCUUACUUUGGGCUCAAGGGGAAAUGGCUUACUUACUGGAUUACAUUCGCAUGCAGUGUAGACAUGCUCAUGUUUGGAUAUGACCAAGCUGUCUUUAGCGGCGUCAUCGUGACUGACGACUUUCUCGAGCUUCACGAUCUUGUCGGGCCGGAGAAAACUCGUAUGCUAUCCACGAUCACAGCGAUAUACGAUAUUGGCUGCUUUGUUGGUGCAAUUCUGGCCUUCACAAUUGGGGAAUCAUUAGGUCGAACGAAGUCCAUCCUCAUUGGUACCGCGAUAAUGAGCAUCGGGGCCAUCCUGAUGGCAUCAUCUUAUAGUUUGGCACAAAUGUUUGUCGGGCGCAUCGUCCUAGGAAUCGGCAACGGGGUCAACACGGCCACCGCCCCAAUCUGGCAGACCGAGACAGCUCCCGCGCACUGGCGCGGGAAGCUAGUAAUGUUUGAGAUGAUGAUGAAUAUCGUCGGGUUCUCUCUCUGCAACUGGAUCAACUUUGGCUUAUCAUACGCAGGCGGUGCCGUCGCAUGGAGAUUUCCCCUGGCUUUCCAAUUCGUCUUCAUCAUCGCCCUAUUCGCCACUGUCCCAUGGCUACCAGAAUCACCCCGAUGGCUAAUGUCACACGGGCGGGAGAAGGAAGCGACGCAGAUUCUCGCCUGCCUUGAGGCGAAAUCAGAACAUGAUGCGUUUGUUAUUUCUCAGAAGGAAGAGAUACGAUUCAGUAUCGACUACGAAAUAGAACAUCAUAUCCGGUGGAGAGACCUUUUGCGACCUGAUCCUGGAGCGACCAAACCGCUGCGCAGAAUCAUCUUAGGGGCUGGCACGCAAUUCAUGCAGCAAUUUGAAGGCAUCAACAUCAUGAGUUACUACAUGCCGGCCGUUUUGAUCUCUGCAGUAGGCCUUUCAAACGAGCUGGCGCGUCUCCUGACCGCUGUAAACUCAUUGACCUAUUUGAUCUUCUCAUGUUUCUCCGUGACACUGGUCGAGAGAUGGGGACGACGAGGACUGAUGCUUCUAUCCACUGCCGGUCAAGGCUUAGCAUUCCUCGUGAUCACGAUUCUUCUCAGAUACGGCGGGCCGGGAGGAAACCGGAGAGCUUCAGAGGGAUCCAUUGUCUUUUUCUUUCUCUACUUUAUGGCCUUCGGCUUGGGUAUGCUGGGCGUUCCCUGGCUUUACCCAACUGAGAUCAACUCGAUUGCCAUGCGAACAAAGGGUGCAGCAGUCGCCACGGCUACCAACUGGAUGACGAACUAUGUCAUCGUUCAAAUCACGCCAAUUGUAAUCCAAGACCUGGGAUGGAAGUUCUGGAUCGUGUUCACAGUCUUGAACGCUGCGUUCUUGCCUGUCAUCUACCUCUUCUAUCCCGAAACAGCGAACCGAACACUCGAAGACCUCGAUGAGUACUAUCGCAACGACCCACCUCUCAUUGUCAUUGGCGACAAGGACGCGAUUGCCAGCAAAAGACCCAAGAAAUACGUUGAUAGACAAGAAGCACAUGUUCAGCGCGUUGCUCAUGGAAACGAGGCCACUGAGACUAGCGAGAGUGCAGUUCUCUCUGAAGAAAAGCACCAAGCUAUCUGA